ACGGUGUCGGUAGUUAUGGACCCGCUAAAUUUGGCCGUUAACAUAUCUACUGCCAAAAAUAUAUCCCCAACAACCACCAUGUGUCUGUCAUUCACACAGGAACCAGAGGCAAUGAAGCUGCCUCACAUUAUCCUCCUUUUAACCAUCUUCAUAUCUUCCAUACCAAUGGCAGCACCAGCACCCAGUUACUCCAAACCAGGAUGCACAGACACCUGUGGGAAUAUCACACUUCCAUACCCUUUUGGAAUGGGACCCAACUGCUUUCUCAACAAAUGGUACGCUGUUGAUUGCAUUAACUCCUCUAAACCCUUUCUAUCUGCUCUCAACAACCUCCCAUUGUUAGCUGUAGACUUAACCCAACAGAUGGUUCUUGUUAAUCUCCCAAUGACCUCGGCUUGCAACACUACACAGAUUUUGAAUCUUGCUCACACCCCUUUCUUGUUUUCCAAAUUGCAUAAUAGGUUUAUUGUUCAGGGGUGUGGUACUGGUGAGAUAUUAAGUGAUGGAAACAUGCACACCGGGUGUUCGACGAUAUGCUCUCAAGAAUGCGGGAGUGUUAACAGAAGCUAUUGUGAUGGGAUUAAUUGUUGUCAGACUAGCAUUCCUUAUUAUAUGGAUAUGUAUAGUGUGAAUGUGACCGCGAGUGGGGAAUCGUGUGUUUCGGCCUUCUUGGUGGCUGAUAAUUCUUAUGUUGAUGAGCUGUUUUCGGGCCGGUUUGUUGCUGGGAAUGGUUCUUUGAUUGCGGUUGUACUUCGGUGGACAUUGUCGGAUAAUGAAUUUAGUGAAGCGGGUUGUGGUUAUAAUUUUAGCAGACAUGAGUUGAAGAAGGGUAGUGAUCGUUCGGUUAACACUGUGAAGUGUAGCUGUGAGUCCGAAUUAGAAGAAGGUAACCCUUAUCUGUCUGGUGGAUGCAAAGUUCCGGAAGAAUGUACAAAGUGUAUGGAAGGAUGGGGCGUCUGCGGAUACAAAGUAUCGUACGGUGGUGUGAGGACCUUUGUUUGUGAUCAUCACUUCCAUAAUGGUGGCAGCAAACCGUCAUCGUCCCGGGCUGUUUUUCUAGGUGUUGGCAUAAGUAUUCUGGUCCUAGUUCUUACAGCCGUAGGCUUUGUGUUGUACAAAGUAAUACAAAGAGCCAAAGACAAAAGACGGAAGAAAAAGUGUUUCGAACGCAAUGGGGGUCUACUUCUAAAGCAACAAGAAGCGGGUGAUGAAGGUUUAGUUAAUAAAACCAAGCUUUUCACUUCCAGUGAGCUGGAAAAGGCAACCGAUUACUUUAAUGAGAAUAGGAUUAUUGGCCGAGGAGGGCAAGGUACAGUAUACAAAGGCAUGUUGACCGAUGGAAAGAUCGUAGCAGUCAAGAAGUCAAAGGCCGUUGACCUAAGUCAACUAGAGCUAUUCAUCAAUGAGAUGGUCAUUCUUUCUCAAGUCAACCAUAGAAAUGUGGUCAAACUAUUGGGGUUUUGCUUAGAAACCGAUGUUCCUAUACUAGUUUCAGAGUUCAUUCCAAAUGGGACCUUGUAUGAUCAUAUUCAUGAUGAAAAUAAUGAGGUUUUCAUUUCUUUAAAUAUGCGGUUACAAAUAGCCACAGAAGUUGCCGGAGCACUUUCUUACUUACAUUCGGCAAUUUCAGUUCCUAUCUACCAUAGGGACAUUAAAUCGACUAAUAUACUUUUGGAUGAAAAAUAUAGAGCGAAAAUAUCCGAUUUUGGGACUUCAAGGUUUGUCUCAAUAGGUCAAACUCACCUAACCACCUUAGUCCAAGGGACGAUUGGCUACUUGGAUCCAGAGUAUUUUCAGUCUAGUCAGUUUACUGAAAAAAGUGAUGUUUAUAGUUUUGGAGUUGUUUUGGUAGAGCUUUUAACCGGAGAGAAACCGAUUUGUGUAAGUAGAUUUGGCGGAAACAGAAGCUUGGCUACACAUUUUAUGACGGCUUUUGACGAAGAGCGAGUGAUGUCGAUUCUUGAUGCAAAGAUGGUGAGGGAAGGUGGCAGGGAUGUGUUAAUGGAAGUAGCAAAUUUAGCAACACGAUGCUUAAAUUUGAGUGGGAAAAAUAGACCGACAAUGAAAGAAGUAGCCACAGAGUUGGAAACAAUUAGAAUGUCACACAUGACGUCCCUUGUUCAAUCCGAUUUUGGGAAAGUGACGUAUAAUGAUGGAGAACAUGAGUCUCUUAUGUUAUCAUACGGUGAGCCGACAUCAAGCGGCAUCCUAUAGUGGUCAUCAUUCCAGAUCGCUGAGCACACUCAUCCUCCAUGGCACCUUGUAACCAAGUGACAUCAGCAAUAUACCUCAUCGUAAUAGAUUCCGAGUGAGACUAAGAAUGGCAAACUGGAUGGGUCAGGCGGGUGACGGGUCAAAACGGGCCUUUUAAAAGAAAGUAUCAAUCUGGUUCGGGUCAAAGUGGAUUCUGGCCAAAAUGGGGUGGAGUUGAAAGGAGUCGUUUUAGAAGAAAGCACCAAAGUGGGUUCACGCGUUAUAUUUUUUUACGGUGGCUAUUGGAGGAGGUGGAUGUGGUAUGGUGGCAGCGGUGGGGAUGACUGUGAUAUGGUGUCGGGGGUGGUGAGGCGGCGGCGAUGGUGAUUGGUGGCAGAGGCGAAGGUGGUGGUGCUGCUGCUGAUCCGUUUUUCUGUUUCUGAUCCAAUUUGUUGCUGUUGACUGUUGAUCCAUUUUGUCUGAUUCUAUACUGUUGCUACUGCUAUGCUUGAUGCACAUGUAACAACCAUUUUCAAUUUCAA